UCCCGUCGUGGGGCGCAGAUCUGAACUCACUUGAUUAGUGGUUGUUUUUCAGGUGGGAAAAAUGAGCUUUUUGUAUUUAAUUUGAAGAUUAAACGAGAAAUUUAUUGCUAUAUGCAGAUUUUUGUUUCAUAUGUACUUUUUAGAUCUUUGAUUCCAAUUAUAAAGGUUUACUUUGAACUCUCAGAUGUGAAUUUUUGUAAAGUUUCUCUCUCUCUCUCUCUCACACAUACACAACACAGCUAGAAUUUCUCCUCUUAGUUGCCAUUCCCUUUCUCUUCUAUCAUACCAUUGUGCUUUUAAUUCGGAUUGACCACCUAGAGUAAAGAUACCAUAUUAAUGAGAGAAAUAUCUGUCAACAUUGUCUUGAAAAUGGGAGUCUCAAGCUCUAGAAUAGAAGAUGACAAGGCCCUGCAACUCUGUCGGGAAAGGAAGAAAUUUGUUAAGCAAGCACUUGAUGGGAGAUGUUCACUAGCAGAUACUCAUGUUGCUUACAUUCAUUCACUAAAAAACAUGGGGACUGCACUCAGGAAGUUUGUUGGACCUGAAGCUCCAAUAGAAUCUUCAUUGUAUACUUCCACAAAUGCAACACCUGAACCACUUGUUUUGACUGAGAAAUCGCUUUCCCAAUUUUCAUACUCUUCUCCAUCUAUGUCACAGCAUGUUGAUGCAACUGAAACCUUUUCUCCAACUCCUUCACCUCCCUACUCUGGCCGGUUUCAGGUAAACUACAUGAAAACAGGCAGUUCUUCCACAACAGUUGAAGAGAAGCCUCCUUUUGCAAUAACUGGGACUUUAGAAUCCUCUAUGAGUACUCAUCAAAACCUCACACCUCGAUCUGGAGAAAGACCUGAAACAUCACCAUUUCGAGAAAGUCCCCUUGCCCCUGCAACUCCACCUUGGGAUUAUUUUGGUCCAUUACAUCCAAUUGAUGAUCAGUUUUCCUUUCAAGAUUCUAGGGGGUUGACCCAUGGGCUGGACAAUGCUGAUGAUAUAAGACGGCUUAGAGAAGAGGAGGGAAUUCCUGAACUAGAAGAGGAAGAAGAAAAGGCUGUUUCUAAUGGAAGAGCAGAGUCCCAGGAGUCUGAAGAUGAAUUUGAUGAGCCUUCUACAGUUAACCUUGUUCGAAGUUUUAAAAAUCUUACUCGGGUGUCGGAUUCUCAUUUGACCAACGGAUCCACUACUAUGCCAUCUACCAGAAGUAUAAGCUCAGAAACUGAACUCUUGAAUGGGGAGAAAAGUGUUUCCCCUGAUUUUACUCCAUUAAACACUAAAUCUUCCGUGGUUACUCUUCCCAUGGAUGAAAAGAAAGCAGCAGAGAAAGAAGGCAGUUUUGAAAAUAAACUUGGUACUAAGGAUUUCUUGGCAAGCAUAAAAGAAAUUGAGUUUCUAUUUUCCAAAGCUGCUGAAUCUGGAAAGGAAGUUCCAAGGAUGCUAGAGGCUAAUAAAUUGCAUUUCCGACCAAUAUUUCCAGGAAAAGAAGGGAGUUCAACAGCAUCUUUGUUAUUCAAGGUUUGUUUCUCAUGUGGUAAAGAUCCAACUCAUUUUCCUGAAGAGUUAGAACCUGCUCCAACUGAAGUGAAAUACUUAACUUGGCAUAGAUCGGCAUCAUCUUGUUCCUCAUCAUCCAGGAAUCCCCUCUGCUCAACUUUGAAGGAUGACAUGCAGGACAUAAACAACUACAACAGUUUCUGCAUGAACUCGGGUAGCCAUGCAUCAACCUUAGAUAGGCUAUAUGCAUGGGAGAGAAAACUUUAUGAUGAAGUCAAGGCUAGUGGGAUGAUCAGAAGGGAGUAUGAUGUGAAAUGUAAACUGCUUAGACAGCAAGAGUCAAAGGAAGAAAAUAUUUACAAGAUUGAUAAAACUCGUGCAGUUGUCAAGGAUCUACAUUCCAGAAUUAAAGUUGCUAUUCACCGAAUUGACUCUAUAUCAAAGAGAAUUGAGGAGUUAAGGGACAAAGAGCUCCAGCCACAACUUGAAGAAUUGAUUGCAGGGCUAAAUCGAAUGUGGGAAAUGAUGCUUGAAUGUCACAGUCUUCAAGUCAGUGUCAUCCAUGCAGCAUACAACAGUGGGAGCCCCAUAGUCUCCAUGCAGUCAGAAUCACAUCGGCAAGCUACCAUGCAUCUUGAAUAUGAACUGAGCUCUCUAUCAUCAAGAUUCACUAAAUGGAUCAGUGCGCAGAAAUCUUAUUUGCAGGCCAUAAAUGGAUGGCUCCAUAAAUGCAUAUUACAACAACAAAGAAACCGAAGAAAGAAAAAUAGGUCCGCAGGUCCAUCUUUGAGAGAAGAAGGUCCACCAAUAUAUGUUACAUGUGGUUUCUGGUUGGAUAAACUAGAAGUCCUGCCUACCAAGGAUGUUGUGGAUUCCAUAAAAACCUUAGCAGCAGAUACUAGCCGUUUCUUACCUCAUUUAGAGAAAACCCCAGGAAAUAGUUCAAACAACUCAUUCCCACCAUCCUGGAAAGUUGGUAGUAGUGGUGAAGCAAUGGUUGGAACCACAGGAGAAGCACCACCACAAGACUGGAAUUCAGGUUUUGAUCAUUUUAAAUCAAGCUUGGUGGGUGUUCUGGAGAACCUAAAUCAAUUUGCACAGCGCUCUGUGAUUAUGUAUUCAGAACUUUCUCAAGCCAUCCAAAAUGCUAAGGGUACUGGUCAAAAUUCAGUCAAAUCCCGUUAAUGCUCUUAUUUAUUAGCAGGGAAAGGAAAUAUAAUUGAAAAGAUGGAAACAGGGCAAAGGUAAAGGUUGAUAUAAAUUGCAUUUGCAAUUAAGGAAGGAAUAAUGGGUAUUGUGCUCAACAGUUUUUUAUUGAAGGUUCUUCCUGUGUUUACUACUGCAAAUUGGUAAUAAGUACCCUCAAAGCAUGAGUAUUGCUUUUGUAAAUGUGAGGCGUUGAUGAGAGAGAGCAUGGAGAUGGGUUGUAUGUCAAAGUUCAAUCUGUACAGUUUUCUGAAGACAAGAAUCAGGUAAAAUCUUUCUCAAUCCACCCACAAAAGGUUUCAGUGACGGUAAAUAAUGUUGUUACCAAUGUAUUCAUUCAUAUUAUGAACCUUUCUAUAUUAGCAGGAGAAAUGGAUAUACAUGUAUGCUGUACAACAAUCUGGAAUGCGUAUAAUGUAGAAAACAAAGUAAUGCUAUUGUCACCCA